AUGGAGACAAACCGUCCAUCCCAAGAAAACUCGGACCAAGUAGUGAUAAUCUCCUAUACCACACAUGGUGAUGAUGAUCAGCUGCAGCAGGGGGGUCAAAUAUUGGGCCAAGUUAGGUCAUAUGAGUGCACUUUUUGCAAGAGAGGUUUUUCUAAUGCACAAGCACUUGGAGGCCACAUGAACAUCCACAGGAAAGACAAGGCCAAGCUCAAACAAUCUUCCAGCUCCACCACGACUCCUCCUCCUCCUCCUCCUAAUAUUCAACCUAAAAACCUGCCUUGGAUUUUUACUGAUCAAGAAAGUAUGGAUCAUGCCACUCCAACAAUGUUAAGGCAUGAUCAAAGUACUAGUAAUGCCCAUUUUGGACAAGUACUCCAACAUCUUCCGUCGUUUCCCACAACGACGCAUGGUGAAAAUCAUCAAGAGAGUGGUGGGAAAGGGUUUUUUCCAUUGUCGACUGGCCAGGAACAGGCGGCUAUGGGGGAAGAUAAUUUGGAUCUUGAGCUUAGGUUAGGGCACGAGCCUAGUCAAGAUCACUCGUCUGCAGCAGCAACCGGUAUGAGGAAGUUCCUCUAA